UUUCAGUAAAGAAACUGAAAAAGAAAAACAAUUCAUUUCUUGUUGAAACCAAAAUAUUAAGUUCAAACAAUUAUAUAUUAUCCUCAGAAGAGAAUAGUAAAAUCUUGUAUGAUGUUGGCCGCCUGUCCCGAUGAACUGCCCAAUCCGCACAAGAACUGCCUGCACGAGAUGCUGCAGGCGCUGAUCUGCAACGACAAUGAUGUGAAGCGCUUGAACACGGAGCUGCGCAACAUGAAACUAGAGUUGCAGGCGGAGGUAGACAGGAUCAACAAGGCGAAUAUCAAGUGUGGCCAUGAGAGAAAGGGCAAGGUGGUGUGCGAGAGCAUCGAGGACUUGACCAAGUUCGCCCAGCGGAUCAACAGUCUGGACGAGGUGAAAAGCCAUUUCACCCAGCGAAGUGAGGAGAUCCGGAAGCGGCGCGACAACGUCAUUGUCUAUGCGCGCCAGUGCCUCUACGCCUACAACGAAGAGAAGUGCAAGUUCAAAUCCUUCCAUGAGAACACAGUGGACUACAUAAAGCGCACAGCGACCCUUUUCCAGGAUGCAGAGGUCAUCAAGGGCUGCGAGAAGGAUGUGUGCGACUUGCACAAGCGAUUUGUGCGAGAGGUGGCCAAGUUGAAGAGUUGCGAGGCGGAACUUCUGCCUUUCUUCAAACUGUUGAAGGAAUCCGACCCGAAGGCCUACUGUGAAUGUUGCUGCUUCAAGGGAUACGAUUGGCUCCCGAGGGGUAAGAACCUAGAGGCAGUGGACUCUAUGGCCGGCGAAAUUAAGGAGCAGAUGGGCGAUGUCUUGGUGCGAGCCUUCGCCCAGCUACACAUUCAUUCGCCACAGGACCCGCGUGCCUUCAUUGCUGCCUAUCUAAUGAACCUUGAUCGCAACGAGCAGGAUAUGAAGGAGAAGCUUAACAUCUUCCAGGCAGAUCCGGACGUGGAGCUUCAGGAGCUGUCUGACCCCACAUUCCACUGCGAGGAUGAGUGUCCUCGCCCUGAAUAAUGCCACAAAUCGAUCUAUUUUA